AUGGAUGCCCCACUAACCUCCACCACCCGGCCCAACACCAUGGCCAUCCUCACCGUGCGAGUCGUCAAGUCCCUGGCCUACAGAUCCAUCAAGAACCACGUUUUCCAGUCGAUAGACCUCACCACCACCACCGCACCCCAGCUGUUGGAGAUGAUCAAGGAGGUGGUCAAGACUAACGGGGGCUUCCGGGCCCAGAGAACUGUCGACCUGAACGCCCUCAAGAUCUACACCAAGGCUCACGGCUCCAAGACGAUGAACCUAGCCAUAAACCUCGACAACCCCGAGUGGAUGCUGGACAUGAACGACGACAAAAAGACGCUGCUGGAGUACGGCAUUGAGAACGAGACCGAGCUCAGCUGUUUCAACCUGGCCGACUACGAAGAGUUUGCCAAGAACCCUGAGCAGAAGUGGUAG